UCAAUUGAACGGAUCUUGUCGUUAAAUGUUUUCUGAAGUUCAGUACACACUGAAUGUAUCUGAAAACAAGCUGAUUGAAAUCUACAACUCUGAAUGCACCAGGCAGUGAAAGGGGCUGCUAUAUGUACCAAAAAGUUAUUGCUUCAUUUAGGAACAUUUUAAAUGUUGCAAACUUGAUUUUCUUCUUUGCAAACAUAAUGAAGGACGUCUCUUGCUUCUGCUUAACUUUGUCUUCCUUGUGGAAACAGAUGGUGCAAGCUUACAAAUGUAUCUGUGGUAUUUUCUUAGUGACUCAUACACCAGAGCAACAGGCUUCAGACUGUGACACGCAGCCAACCAAGAUGGACGUAAGCUUACUUGAGGAGCAGUAUGACUGUAUAAAACAGAAGCAAAAGCUGCAAACACACAUUAUUGUGUUUAAAACAGGUGAGAAUCAGUCUGUUCCUGGGGAAUCAAUGGUCAAUGCCGUUUUAAUUAAUAAAGAAACAAGGAAACCAAAAGAAUUUAAAGAACACAUUCCUGUCAGAAAGGUCACCCUGGAGUUAACUUCCAAUGGCAAUGUACAAGACAGUUCACCAUGGCGUACACACUUGGGUAUCCACCGUCUACUACAAGCUGAUUAUCAGAAGGCUCUAUGUGAUCUUGCCCACUGCAAGAACGAACAGAUUAGCUUUGACAAUGAGAGAUUGACUAUGAAGGAAAAUGUCAUGCUGCCAUAUGAAAAAACACUAACUGCAAGUAAACAAUCCACAGUAUCACUCAAUGAGCUGGGAAAUUCAAGUAUGUUAAACAGUCCUACUGAAGAGAAUAGCAAUUCCAUUUCAGGCAUCUGCCAGAAGUAUCCUUUGAAGUCAGUCUCUUCAGCAAUUUGGACACACCAACAGAUUUCAUCCACAAAAUGUAUACCCAUAUCCAGGAAGCUAAACUACUAUCCAUUCCCUCAGAAAAAAACACCCAGGAUCUCAGAAGCUGCAAAAAGACUUGGAUUAUAUGUCUCACCAUAAAGAAAUUUCAGUAAUGUAUAAAGUUUAGUUAAAAUUUAAAAUAAAAUUUCAGUAAACUAAUUUUUCAAAGUAAUUUUGAUUUACUAGCUAAAGGUUUAGUACUUUAUUUUGUAAGAAUUUGCACGGGCCAAUCAAUAUGUUUUAGAAGUUCAUAGAGGGAGAAGUCUGUUAAAUGAGUUACAAUGUCAUAAAGGGUAUUGGUCAAUAAAGAAUGUUUAUACCUAGAGCGUCA